AUGGACUUGGAGGAGGACUGGAUGAGCGAUGAGCCGGCGGGGGAGAGCGCGGAUGUGGACUUGCUGGAGCCCGAGGAGAGUGAGCCAGAGUCUGUUUACGUGACACUUCAUCGAGUCAGACGCUUGGUUCUCGCCAGCAUAGAUGAUCCUUACACGCUGGACCACUUCCGCCAGCCUACUCUCAAUGCCCUCAUUGUCAGACCCCUCGUUGAUCGACUAUACGAAACGCAGAACAUCGCCAUUGGUAAGGCGCAGUCCCCUGUCAUGUUUGAAUCAAAACCAAAAGAUGGGCGUGCUAAGAUGCCGUCCUCGACAGUGUAUUGCCUCCUUGCCAACCGCGUCUUCUUCCUCAAGUCCCAGUCUGGGCUCGCCACACAGAGCGUCAACCGAGCUCGCUCAAUCCUUUGCGAGCUCGUAGCAACCCGUGUCAUCCGUCGCUUCCACGAGGACAACCCCGGAAACGACGGCCUGCUGCUCCUCGCCCAGAUCCUCGUCGAGGGGUUUGACCCGUUCGACGGUGCGCCGCACGAGGUUGAGCGCGAGGGCCGCGACCCGCAGUGGCCUGUUCAAAGCCGCGGCGGCUACGAGAGAAAGCUCACGGCGCUCGAGCUGGCCAUUCUCUCGGAAAGCAAGGCCUUCAUCAGCUCCGCCGCCUGUCAGCGCCUCGUCGAGGCCGUCCACGUGGGCAAAGUCGUCUACACGCCGCUGUCCUUCAUGGACAUCCUCCCGGACCACUACAAACACCGUCCGAUCCAGCUGUACGACCCUCGGGAAUCGCGCAUCCUCAACCACCGGCGCCUCAUCGUGCCCCGCAUCAGGGCGCUCAUCGAAAUGGCUCAGUUCAUGGCGCUCGUGUUCCUCUACGUCAUGACCAUGACGAACCAGCAAGCCGCCUUCAACCGGUGGGAGCUCGCCUUUGCCGUCUACACAGCAGGCUGGGUCCUCCAAGAGUUCGCCUCCGUCAUCGAGCACGGCUGGGAACUGCACUCGCAGAGCCUCUGGUCCUUCCUCGACGUCAGCUUCGCCGCCAUCUACGGCGCGUACCUCUUUGCCCGCACGUACGACCUCUUUGCAGGCCGCCUGCCCAACGGGUACGGCUUGCACAUUCUCUGCGUGGCGGCCCCCAUCCUCCUCACCCGCAUCGCCUUCAACCUCAUGCCGCACAACAUUGUCUUCAUCUCCCUGCACGCCAUGAUGAGGGACUUUACCCUCCUGACGUUCCUGGCCGUCUGGUGCUUCCUGGGCUUCCUCCUCGCCCUCCUGUGGCUCUACGACGCCGACCAGGCAGAGCGGACGCCCCGCCCUUCUUCCUCGUCGCCUCCUCCGGCGUGGCCAACCGUCGGCAAAUGGCUCCUGUGGAUCUGGUUCGGCCUCGACGGCACGGGCAUCGCCGAGUCGACACGGUUCAACGUGGUCCUGGGGCCCGCGCUCAUGAUCGCCUUUGCCUUCCUCGGCAACACGCUCUUCCUGACCAUCCUCGUGGCCAUCCUCACAAACACCUUUUCGCACAUUGUCACCAACGAGGCGGCCGAGAUUCGCUUCCGGCGCACGGUCCUCACCUUCGAGGGCGUCAAGAGCGACUCCCUCUUCUCGUACCCGCCGCCCUUCAACCUGGUGGCCGUCCUCGCCGUCCUGCCGCUCAAGUUCAUCAUCUCGCCGCGCUUCUUCCACACCAUCAACGUGGCCAUCAUACGGGUCCUCAACGGGCCGCUCCUCAUCGCCAUCAGCAUCCUCGAGCGGCGCCGGCUAUGGGCCAGCGAGAACAAGGGCCCCCGGCGGAGCGGCAUCUUCGGCUGGCACUUCACCGGCUUCUCGCCCCACGGCGACAUCCAGGCUGUGUUUACGGCGCCCCUGCCGGACGAGGUCGCCUUGAGGAUCGACCUGCUGGACCCCGUCGACGACGUGCCCGUCUUGGAGGACGACGUCAUGUCCACUCUGUCGGGGGACGUGUCGAGGUCGCGGCUCCGGCGGCCCAAGCUGCUGGGCGUGCGGAGGGAGUAUCCGCGCGCGAGGCCGAGGAGGCGGUCCCCUCUGCGGUUCCAGGUGUAG